AUGGAGGUCGAGAGAGUGCAAGACAUAGCGUCCUCGUCUCUUCUGAGCGAUGCGAUCCCCUCGGAGUUCAUCCGGUCCGAGAAGGAGCAGCCGUUGAUCACGACGUAUAGAGGCCCAGCGCCGAAGAUUCCGGUGAUCGACCUCGCUGAUCCGGACGAGGAGCGCGUGGCGCGUGCGGUAGUGGAGGCGAGCCGAGAGUGGGGGAUAUUCCAGGUGGUCAACCACGGGAUCCCGGCGGAGCUGAUACGGCGGCUGCAGGAGGUCGGGAAGCAGUUCUUCGAGCUCCCAGCGGCGGAUAAGGAGGCCGUCGCGAAGCCGGCGGAUGCCAAGGACAUUGAAGGCUACGGGACGAAGCUUCAGAAGGAUCUCGAAGGUAAAAAAGCAUGGGUUGAUCAUCUCUUUCACCGAAUCUGGCCUCCGAAUCGGAUCAACUACAGAUUCUGGCCGAACAACCCUCCCGAAUACAGGGAGGUGAACGAGGAGUACGCGGGGCACGUGAAGAUGCUGUCGGAGAGGAUAAUGGGGUGGUUGUCGGAGGGGCUAGGGUUACGGAGAGAGGCGUUGAAGGAAGGGAUCGGCGGAGAAGCGGCGGAGUAUAUGAUGAAGAUAAACUAUUACCCGCCGUGUCCGAGGCCGGACCUGGCCCUGGGAGUGCCGGCACACACCGACCUCAGCGCACUGACUCUCCUCGUCCCCAACGAAGUUCCUGGUCUCCAGGUCUUCAAGGACGACCACUGGUUCGACGCCGAGUACAUUCCCUCCGCCGUCAUCGUCCACAUCGGCGACCAAAUCCUGAGGCUGAGCAACGGGGCGUACAAGAACGUGCUGCAUAGGACAACAGUGGACAAGGAGAAGACGAGGAUGUCGUGGCCUGUGUUCGUGGAACCCAAGGCGGAUAUGGUGGUCGGUCCCUUGCCUGAGCUCACGGGCGGCGACAACCCUCCCAAGUUCAAGCCUUUCGCCUUCAUGGACUAUAGCUACCGUAAACUCAACAAGCUUCCUCUCGACUGAUUAAGGAAAGAUCCAAAACAGGAAGAAAUAAUUCUUCGGGUGGUGAUUUAGAUUCUGUUAAGGUCUUUUGUUGUUUCUCAUGUUGGAGAGAGAGAGAGAGAGAGGCCUUGGUUUCAGCUGUUUGUGUGCCUGAAUAAGUUGAAGAACCUCACAUUGGUAAUGGACGUGGGGGCCUUCUAGAUUAUGGUCCCUGUGGAAGUUGCAUGUGUUUGGUUUACUAAGCGAAUGGAUAUUUCAGUACCUUCAAUCAAA